AUGCCAGUAAUUUCUUUGAGAAUGAAGUACCUACCACACAAAAAUACCGACGAUCCAGAUUACGAACCACUCCUCAUCGAUGGUCCAGUGAACGAUGAAAAUAAGGCUCCAGAAAUCAACAAAGAAGUUUUAGACCAGCGGAAAAGACGCACAAGAAAAAAAGUAGCUGAGCCAAAAGAUUGGGAAAAAAAUAAAAAUAAGGCAUUACGUAUGGUGGGAACAGAAUAUUUAGGCUAUCAGAAAACGAAAGAUGGUAAUGGCAAACAAACAAUUAAGUUGGAAAAUAAUAGAGACAUCUACAAAAACUACUAUGACAGGAAUGCAGUAAUAAAAAAAGAAUUUGGAGAAAAGGAUAAUAAAGUCAUUCAGGAAGGUAAAACUUGGCAACCUGCAAAAGUUACCAAAAAAUUAGAUACUCCAAGGUCCUAUAUAGUGCAGAAGCAGAAUGGAAAACUUUUAAGAAGAAACAGUAGCCAUAUUAGACCAUCUCGAGGACAUCAUCAAUUAAGAAAGGAUCUUGCGGAUUUUGAUCAUACCCACACAACUGAAGACAAUGUCAGAGACAAAGACAUUGUUGAGCCAAUCAAAACUUUGAUGAGUUCUACUACUAAUAAUUAA